AUGGAAAAACAAAUAGUGGAAUCAAGAAAGGUGCAAGCGAAAUAUCACGAGAAGAAGGAGAAAUCCAUUAAGAAAGAGGAAGACUUCCCGAGCAAGCAAGUCUCGGAAGAAUCUGAGAAGAGUUGUUUGACAGACGAAGAAGAACUAGAAGAAGGUGAAAUUAGGUCUGAUCAGAGCAGUAACAAGAGGAGAGGAGAAGCUACGACGACGAUCGCUUGUGAAUCAAGAAAGGUACAAUCGAAAUAUCAUGAGAAGAAGGAGAAAUCGAUUAAUAAAAAGGAUUACUUCUCGAGCAAUCAAGUCUCGGAAGAAUCUGAGAAGAGUUGUUUGACAGACAAAGAAGAAGAGCUAGAAGAAGGUGAAAUUAGGUCUGAUCACAACAGUAAGAAGAGGAGAAGAGAAGCUACGACGGCGAUCGCUUGCGAAUCAAAGAAGAGAACGAAGCUUAAUCAUAAGCCAAGCGAAGAAUCUCGCUACGAUGAUACUACGUCGUUUGAUGACUGGCUUUUUGGUACCAUUAAUCAUCAGAAGAAUGGGACUAGCUAUAAGAAAGCAGCUGCGAAGAUUGGUGAGGAUGAUAAAGACGUGAUCAACACGAAAUUGCAGAGAUCAUCAGGAGCUUUUGUCGCUUUUCCUAGGGCUCAAUAUUUGUCUCAUGUGGGAAUUUUUUCAUUACCAUACACAGUCAUAUUUUAG